AUGUUGUUUGCAAUUCCAAGCAUCUUGCUUCUGCUUCUUUUCUUGACAGUUAAUUCCAGAGCCCAAGAUAACAACAUCAACUGCCCUUCUUCAUCUUGUGGCAAUCUCAGAAUCAGCUACCCUUUCAGAUUGACAAGUAGCCCCAAAUCUUGUGGGUACGACGACCCCAGCUUCGAGCUCGAAUGCCGCAACAACCAGACGAUUUUCAAGGUGAGAUCGAGAAUGUAUAUGGUCCGAGACAUCAACUAUGAAAUAUACUCUAUAUGGGUGGUUGAUCCGAGCAUAAACAGGGCAAAUCUUUCUUCUUGUCCUGUUUAUUCCAACGCCUACGAUUCUUGGACAUCCAUCUUCUGGAGCAUCCACUUGAAUAGGCCGGUAUCGUUCUUACACUGUGUGGCUCCUGUGAAUUCUCCCAAGUAUGUGGAAGCCCCUUUUUGCGGCAAUACGAGUAGCACUUCUUCCCAGAUAUACAGUUACGUUAUGGAGGGGGAUGGGAUUGCGUUGUCGGAGUCGUGCACGCUUGAUAGGGUGGUUUGGAGCUCGGGGCCUAAGGGUAGGAGCAGCAAUCCGUCUUUGGGAGGCAUCUAUGGUGAUUUGAGCGAUGGGGUGGAGCUCUCGUGGUUUCGCAUUCACUGCGGAGAAUGUUCGAGAAGCAAUGGGGAUUGCGGCUUGGAGGGCAGCCGGAUCACUUGUAAACACCAGUGCAAGGAUGAUCGAACAACUCUCUCCCAACAAGGUUUUAAAUGUCAGUUGGAGUAUUGGGCACCUUACAUUGUAGGAUAUGGAAUGUUUGCAUACGGUGGACUUAUUGGUCUGAGAUUCUUGAUUGGAUUCGUAUUCCUCAUGGUAUUGGUGGUGUCCCAAUGGAGAAAACGGCAUCAUUUACCCCUCUAA